AUGCCCACUCAUGAUUCUGAGAAGGAAGCUGCGAUGGGGAAAGUUUCACGUGACCAUUCGGAUGUUGAAGGGCGUGGUGAAGAAAUGUCAGUUAAUCAUUCUUUAGCACGUAAAGAAGAAGUGAUUACCCUGAAUCAGCCCACAAGUUCACUAAAAGUCGCUUCGUCUACAAUUGAGGGAAAUGGCAAUUCCGGCUUGAAACUUGCUAGGAAACCAGCACCAGCCAAAGUUUCUGGGGCGUGUUGUACAGCCAAAAAAAAAGUUUUUUCUGAUGGUCUUUACGACGCGUGCGAUACACCAAUCACAACUUCUGGUACGCCUGCAACAGUUCCUCUAAUUUUGAAUAUGGAGAAAAAAAUUGAGCAUGCUAUUCAUCUGAUGUUCUCUAAGAUUAAGGGUAUAAAGGAUGAUCAGCUGACGGAACUCCUUAAUCAGUUCGUGAGUAUAUAUCGCGAAUCUUAUGAGAGAUGUGUGCCUUUGAUACCAAAAGAGUGCAAUACAGAAACUCAGCGAAGUGCUGCUUUGCGUUUUAGUUUGGGUCUUGUGAUUUGGUGUAUGCUUCCUAAGUAUGUUUUGAAAACGUCUUUCCUUUUAGAGGAAUUUUAUAAGUCUGAAAGGUUACGGCAGUGGGACCAGUGGUUUGAUGACAGGGGCGUUGACAGGACGUUUGGAAGACGUUUUAAAGAACCUAAUGUUAAAAAUAAGGCGUGCAUGGAGGAAGUAGAAUCUCAGGGGUUGCAGAGUAUAAAAGAAAAGGUCCUAGCUAUCGAGCAAGCAAAAUUUGAAGCUGCUGAGCUGGAAAAGAUACAAAAUGAUAAACGUCAACGAGGAAGCAAUUUUUCAGACGAAUGUGAGGAACCAAAGAAGGUUGAAGAGAAACUGAAACGCGUAUCACGAAGCGAAAGGGCAAAGGAAAGGAAAAAGCAAAAGGAAUUAGAAGAAUUAAAGCAAAACUCUUACGACGAUGUCGAUGGAAGGGCUCAGGAUAAUGUAGAAAUUUUGUCAAAAUAUAAGGCGAAGUGUCACUCAUGUAACUUUCGAUUCACCGAAACUAGAUACUGUACGAGAACAUUCGCUACACACGGUCCCUUGCGUGUGCAUUGCGAGCAAACACACACGGGUUUACCGGUCGACCCGCCUGGAAGAAAGCCGCCGAAAAGUCUGGAAAAUUCAGAAAACACGAAAUCCUCAACUAGAAAUGCAGAAACGUCCGAUUUUGCAAAAUCUAGUUGUAAGGCGACAGAUCAGGCCCCUGUUGUGUCAAAAAGAAGUGCGAAAACGGCUCUUUUUGUUGGCGUCCAGGAUUUGGAAUUGAGGGAAGAUCAUUCUGCAUCAACUGGUUCUGCUGUUCUUUCCAAAACUACUGCGCAGGGAAAGCCGCAGCGCCAACGCCGGGAAGAGAACAGGAGUAGCCGUUCAGAGCCUUCCCCUAACUCUAAGGUACGAAAUCAAAAUAGUAAAUCAGGGCCUGCUCGGAAUCGUAAUUAUGGGCUUAUUCGACAAAGUGAUUCUAGGUCGAGUAAUCGUAAAAAGUUGAAAUUAUCUAAUGCAAAUUUAGAUCAGGAAGUAUGCGAGGUUGUGAUUAAUGGUGAAUCAGCUGCCCGUGUUUCAAACCAAGCUUUAACAGCCAUACAAUCUGAAAAGGAUUUGAAAGCGAGUAAUUUCACGUUUGCGAACAAUGCAUCUUGCUCCGAUGACGUGGAGAGCGUGCAGUGUCCGAAUUUUUUGAGUAUUGAUAUUGGGAGUGCCAGUGAAAAAAGGUUUUUGUUGAGAAAAGUUCGACCUAGUUUUGGAACAGACGUUGUUAAAGACCGUUUGUUCUUUAGAGCUUCAGGAUGUCGGACUAAAUCAGUUUCUGAAAAGUGCUCUGGCAGUUUUAACGCCUGUGGUCGAAAAGUCUGUGGAGAGUCAAAAGAAUUAAAGCUGUUACCUGCUGAAGAAGGUGAAUUUAUUUCUUCGCAGUUAAUAAUAGCGAAGCCAGUCGUUCAGGGGUUAGAAAAGAACGUUUUGGUAGGAGAUAACACUUCAGAAGGGAAAACGGGGGUAGUUCGGGAGGAUAUUUUGACGUCUUCAGUACUGUGUGGUACUGACUGCGACGAAGACAGUGUGCAUCAAGAACUGGAACGUUGCUCGUCGUUGCCUCCAUACGGAAUUCUUCCAAUUCUUGACUGUAAGGGGAGAGCACGUAGUGUUUGUGGUGUUAGUAAUUAUGACCGGAGACAGUACGAACUGUUAUUGGAAGCUCCAUCUGCUACUGAGUGGGAAGUUCUACUAAGCGUUCCGCAAAGACCGUUGCCUAUAUCGGAUAAUCUAGUCUCGGUUGAGGUUAACGAACAGGCUGAUAAUAGUGGGGGCACACUUGCUGGAUAUAUUGCUAAAAGUGUUAACUUUUGUCAGAAUGGCUCUCCCGGAUCGGAAAUAUGUGUUCAAGAACUUGAAGGACCGACAUCUUCGGAUUGUGAUUUUCGUUCUGAACGGCGGCACAAAGAAUGCCUUUCGGUUCACAGCUCCCUUUUGAAAGAGCCUCAAUUAGAAGACUCCAGUAUGUCUUGUAAAGAAGCGUCGAGUAUGUUCAAUUCAAGAAGAUGUGGUUCUUCUUUACGAACAUCUCGAAAAAAAUGCAUGAAAUACUGUUGCGAGAGUGAUACGCAGUUAGGAGGUGUCAAUGGUGGUCUCUGUAGAGGGAAUUCGCAGAAUUAUGCUAGUAAAAAAACUGCUAGAAAAGUUCUAGAUGAAAAAUUCUUGGCGGGGUCGUCAAACGGACCCACUUAUUUUCCAAGACUUUUUUUGGUGAAGACAUUGGAUGGCAGGGAAGAAAUUUUUAUUUCGGACAACAGUAAUUCUACUGGACGAAAGGAGAAGAAAAAUCUGCCGGAUCUGAGUAAAGUGUUCUACUACUUCCGUCCGAAGGGCUGUUCGCCCAGUUCCGUUUUGUGUACCGAAGGUGAAGCAGUAUUCAUGGGUGAUGCAGAUGCUAGCAUUUCAUUUUCAGAACGAAGAAGCAAGUUUUUAGAAGGAAGCCCACACAAAGAAAAAUUUAAUUUCUUGGGAAACUCUGAGAAGGUUUGUGUUUGA